AUUGGCCUUCCUGAAAUUCGAAUCAACAUCGCUUGUUCUGAUUGGCUGGUUCCAGCGUCGGUUCGCCUAAAGCGUUCUCUGUUGAACGGGUUUAUUGUUCCUCGAGUCAAAGAUUUCACACAGACCUCCCCGGAUCCCAUUCAAAGUGAUAAUUUGCAGAAAUGGCAGGAGGAAAGGCAGGUAAAGACAGUGGCAAGGCCAAGGCAAAAGCAGUGUCUCGCUCACAAAGGGCCGGACUUCAGUUCCCAGUGGGCCGUAUCCACAGGCACUUGAAGACCCGCACUACAAGCCAUGGUCGUGUGGGAGCGACCGCAGCCGUCUACAGCGCAGCCAUCCUCGAGUAUCUCACAGCUGAAGUUUUGGAGUUGGCAGGAAACGCUUCUAAAGAUCUGAAGGUGAAGCGUAUCACUCCUCGUCAUCUACAGCUGGCCAUCCGUGGAGACGAGGAGCUGGACUCCCUCAUCAAGGCCACCAUCGCUGGCGGAGGUGUGAUUCCUCACAUCCACAAGUCCCUGAUCGGUAAGAAGGGCCAGCAGAAGACUGUGUAGUUCCCGCUGGGCUCGCUGUGGACAUGGACUCAAGGACUCGCGUUUGGGAUGUGACCAGAUCGGCUUGUUCGUUCAUUCAUGCGUUCGUUUCUUUUUUUUUUUUAAGUUAAUAUUAAUGUUGUACUAGCUAGCUAACCACAAGUGAUUUGUUAGAGUUUUGCGUUAAUGUUCUAUCGCCAAAACUAGAAUGGCAAAUAAGCCCCGCCCCUUCAAUCCAAAUGUCAGGUGUUUUAGAGCGAGACGAACAGGAAGUGUCUGCUCUUUCCUGCGGUGAGUGCAGAAUUGUUUGUUGAAUUGGCCAGAGCUGUGAAGCUGUUUUAUACAGAAAAAUGGAAUUAAAAACAUUUUAUAUGAAAA